AUGGUGGGUAGAUUGAAUUUGCAGAAUGUGUCAGACGACGAUCCACUGCAUAUGAAUUUUAAAGCUGAUCGGGUAUUGGACAGUCCGGACUCUGGUCUGCCGCCUAGUCCGAGUCCGAGCCCAUGGUUAUUACCGGUCAGCGGUGAAAGAGCGACCGGGAGUUCGAUUUCAGAAGACGAGUGCAGAGUGUCAUCUGUGGCUCCUGUUAAGUCGGGGAAGUAUGUGCCUCAGUUGCAUCCAUUGUCAUAUGGAGAGGGGAUUGAAUUUGAUCCUUUGCCACCAAAAGAGAUAAGAUAUACAUCUUCUGUGCGUUAUGACUCGGAUCGACACUUCAUCCAGGACGUGUCUCUGCAGCCCAAGGGUUUGGGUCUAGAGCUUUGCAGCCAGACUGUUUUGGCUCUGCCCCAGAGUACCUGGAGACGAUAUAAGACCCAGCUUGAAUUCCAGCCUCGUCAGCGAGUUCAGCGCUAUCAAAGCACCACCAUCGUCUAUCCCAAACACGCGCGGACCCUCUACACUACCGAGUUGAGUUACGAUGGACGUAAGUUAGCCAAGCGCUUUCUCUCUAGCGUGGAGCUCGAAGCAUCCGACAACAGAGGUACCCAGUGA